CGCACCCCGCCCCCGGACCCGGCCGCCGAGCCUGGGGCCAGGGCGGCGCAGACCGGCCCAGCGACUCUCGGGCUGCGCAGGGACGCGCCGCAGCCGCCGCCGCCGCCGCCACCGCUGUGCCCGCCCCUGGACCCCGCCGGGACUCGGCGACACGAGGUUUCCACCCCAGCACAGGGACCACCCACUUUUAAGGCCCUUCUUGUGCCCUCUCCGAUCAUCUGCUUCACCAGGAGCAAGGUCCCGGCAGGACACAAGUGGCAGACCCCUUCAGCCUCAGCACUGGGACCUGCGCCUUAGGAGAACUGAGGUUGUCUUCUGCCCCACCAUCUGAGAAGGGGCCCUGAGCCCAGCCCCACCACCCUCCCUGGCCCCAAGUGGGCAUGGACCAGCAGUUGUAAGCAGCCAAAGCUGAUGCCGGGCCCCCAGGGGGGCACAGGAGCCCCCACCAUGAGCCUGGGCAAGCUCUCGCCUGUGGGCUGGGUAUCCAGUUCCCAUGGAAAGAGGCGGCUGACCACAGACAUGAUCAGUCCCCCACUUGGAGACUUCCGCCACACCAUGCACGUGGGCCGCGGUGGGGAUGUCUUCGGAGAUACCUCCUUCCUCAGCAACCAUGGAGGCAGUUCAGGAAACACCCACCGCUCGCCCCGCAGCUUCUUAGCCAGGAAACUCCAGCAAGUGCGAAGAGUGGGGGUGCCACUGCGCAGGAUGGCUUCCCCGCCUGCGCCCUCACCCGCUCCACCUGCCAUCUCACCAAUCAUCAAGAACGCCAUCUCCCUGCCCCAGCUUAACCAGGCCGCCUACGACAGCUUGGUGGUGGGCAAGCUCAGCUUCGACAGAAGUCCUACCAGCUCCACAGAUGGCCGGUCUGGCUAUGGCCUGGAUUCUGGGUUCUGUACCAUCUCCCGCCUGCCACGUCUGGAAAAGCUCAGUGACCGUGACCGUGACCGUGACCGUGACCGUGAUCGAGAUGGAGAUGGAGACCGAGAGCGAAGUUCCUUCCCCUCUGAGCCUGAGCUUCGACGCUCUGACUCUCUCUUGUCCUUCCGUUUUGAUCUCGACCUUGGGCCCUCGCUCCUCAGCGAGCUGCUAGGGGUCAUAAGCCUUUCAGAAGCGCCUGCAGCCGAGACCCCAGCUCCUGCUUCAAAUCCCUUAGUUACUGCAAACCCUCCAGCCCCUGCUACACAAUCCCUAGUCCCUGCGUCAAGCCUCCUAGCCCCUGCCACAGCCCCUUUCACCCCUGUGGCAAGCCCCCUUGGCCCUGCAGCAAGCCCUCCACCCCAUGGACAUUUCCCCAAUGGGGGAACUGCUGGGUUAGGCCCCAUGGCUGAGGUGAGAGUCAGCCCUGUCAGAGAGGACCCCCAGGUACCUCCUGAUAUGGCCCUUGGCAGGCACUGGGGAGCAGGCUGGGGUGGCAGCCAGGGCAGUCGCCACUAUACUGAGAUGGAUGCUCGGAGAGAGCUGGUGGGGGUGCUGCCCCAAGUCCAGGGUUCCUGGGAGAGCCUGAAUGAAGAGUGGACUGCACCCCCCAGCAGCAGGGCCCAUGUGCCCAGCACAGUGCAGGCUAAUGCCUUUGAGUUUACUGAUGCGGAGGAGGAUGAGGUCAAGGUGUGAGGGAUUGGAGGUGGGCUUCAGGUCCUGCCAGCCUCAGGACUCAGCCCAGGGGCUGAACCCUCCCCUCACCUAACAGCUGCAUCUGCCCACAAGAGAUGAGAAACCCAAGUUGCCCUAAAUCUUUUCUGGUUUCAGCAGGGUAGGCAUGUUAGGGAGUGGACAGGAACACAAGGGGCCCUGCUCAGCUAACUCACCUCUUCCUACUGACUCUGAGCGCAGAAGCCCUUCCUUCAGCCCCACCCCAUGCUACCCCCACUGGCCUCACAGUGUGGCCUUUGUGCCCCAGGAUGCUGUCCUAGUGGGGUGGGGGAGGGGCACGGAAUACACAGGGCCAUUGUCUCCCAUUGGGAUUGCCUGCCCCCCUUGCUCAUCAAGUUGCACCCAGAAGACCACCACUUCUUCCCCAAUAGUCCUAUCCCAGGCUCCUCCCUAACUCCCACUUGUCCCCAAGUCUCAGGUCAGGUGUAACCUCGAGGGAGGGUUCCACCUACCAGUGAACCCCAGACCUGCCUCUGGUGCCUGAAUUUAAAAGCUUUUUGGAUAAAAGGUGUCCUUCUAGGAAGCAUGAAGACUUAGGGGCAGGCCUCAGCCCCCAUGGAAAUGUCCUUUCCUCUCUUGGGAAUUUGGAGAGUAGAGGCCCUCACCCCAGCCAGGGGAGGGGGCCAAACAAGGUAAUGAGUAACCAGCCUGGAAUGCCUGCCGAUAAGAGGCCCAGGUGGGACCCUUAUCUGUAGUUCCUGGAACACCCUGGUCCCAGGUGCCUGGAACCAGUGUCUGACCCACAAACCCACGGGGCAGCUUGGCAGGUACUCAGGAGAUCGUGGGGAGGACAACAGGCUGGGGCUGGCAUGCUUAAGGUUGCUUGGGAGCACCCUCCAUCCUCUGCACAUGGCAGUGCCAAAUCCUUGUGCCUCAGUUUCCCCCCUGUAUCAUAACGAUGCUGGGAGCAUUAAAAUACUUGGAAAGUGCUAACAGUA